GCGGCCCCAGCCGCAGACCUCGGCUCCAGCCCCAUCGCCGAGGCACCGCCUUCGAAGCCGGCGAGCUCUCACCACCUCCCACCGCCCCCCGUGCUUUUGCCCCGGCCUCCUGCGGGAUGAGAAGGGCGGCGGCCGCCGAGGCAGGGACGCGGCGCCCGCGGCACUGACGGGGUUGGCGGGGACACUGUCACCCUGCGGCGCUGGCGCUCAGGGGCCGCAGCGAGACGGACACCGCCGGGGACUCGCGGGCAGGGACCGAGCAGGAACCCUGACGCCCGCAACCAGGCGGGGCGGGAGCCCCCGCUAUACGGGCGGAGGCGGGGGACCGGCCCCGCCGCAGGUGUCACCACCGCUCGCCCGCCCCCGGCCGCGCCCCCACCGCCCCCUGGCCCUGACCCCGCCCCGGAGCGGUCCCUGCUGCCCUAGCCCCGGCCCUCCGGGUCCCCCGCCCUGCGCACCCUGCCCGCCGGGCUGGGCUGGACCGGCUCCGCAGCUUCCCCCCCGCCCCCACUCGCGGCUGCAUCCUGCGGCUCGGGGGAGCUCGGCUCCGCAGCGCGCCCGCUGCCCCCUCUAACAGCGCCGCUAAGAUGGAUUACCCUGGGAAAUGGUGUCCCGAGAAGGGACCUACCGAGGCGCACACAAAAGGGGGGUGGCUGGGGGGGAACAACAGCGGUGUUCCCGGGGAGCACCGGAGCCUGCUGCAUCUUUCUGGGAUUCAUUUACAGGCGUUUUCCAGCUCUCGCCGGGGAGAAGCGGACCUCCGCCCUAUUUUCGACAACAUUUGUCGCUGGGCCGCGGACCAGCGCCCGCCGGCGUCUCCGGCGCUCUGUCCCGGUCCCGGUCUCCCCCGGGCGCAGCCCCGGCCCCGAGCGGACAAAGACCGGCGCCUGGUCCCCCGCCCGCGCGGAGCAUCAUCGGCCGCCGCCGCCGCGGCCUCUCCGCCCUGCGGCCGGUCCAGCGUCGCUUCCCCCCCGGGCGGGCGGCCCGGUGCUCUCUCGGCCUUGCGGGCCGGAGGAAGCACCGGCAGCGGCUGAGCCGACCCCCGCCGCGGCUGCAGCCCCCUGAUCUGUUUUCGCAUGAAAGUUUAAUAGGCGCACCUGCGCGCGUUUCGCCUCUCCUUCCACACGCAUCAGUUCACCCAGCCGGAAAACGCGGCCAAAGAGCUUAGUCACUGCCUGGCGGGGCUGCGCUCUGAAAAGGAAGGGACGGGGGUCCCUCUACCCCCCGGCCGCCCCCUGCCCGGCCGUCCCCGGCCGCGCCUUACCGGCGAUGCGCAGCACGGCCCGCUCGGCGGGGUCCAGCACGGAGCCGCCUUGGAUCUUCCGCUUGGACCGCUCAUGUUUGGGCAGGUUCCAGGGCAGCGUGUCCCCCGGCGCCGGCGACACCGUCCCCGACCUCUGGCUGAAGUCCUCCUCAUCGGAGAAAUCGGCGGAGGACGACAUGGAGCAUCGUUUACUUUCUUAUUCAGUGUGGAGAUACCUCUGAGUGAUGUGUACACAGAGCUAUUGAAAAUGGCUGACACUACAUCAAUGACUUUUCACCUUUUCAUGUUGCUCACCCAGGACAGCUGACCCCAAAGGAUGAAGAGGAUGUUCCAUACCAUCUGGUGUCAUGUAGAACAAUAAAACUGGAGGGGAGUUGGCCGGAGGGUGGCAGCCUCCUGUUCAGGGACUGGCUGGGCAUCAGUUAGCAAGUGGUGUGCAACUACAUUGGGCAUCACUUGUUUCAUAUAUUCUUUUAUAGUUAUUAUUAUUAUUUUCCCUUCCUUUUCUGUCCUAUUAAACUGUCUUUAUCUCAAA